AGUAGUCACAGCCGGCAGCAGCAGCAGCUGGCAGUAUGGUCUGGUCGUCGUCGGUGGUGCAGCAUACAAGUGUCCUCCUCCUUCUGCUGGUGGCGGCUCAACUGGCCACUACUGUGUUAAGUGGCCGGCAUCGACCCAAGACCAAAGAGUAUGAGCACUAUGAUGUCCUCAUUGUGGCUACCUGCGAGGCCAAAUGCUGGGAUAACUCCCAUAGGAACGUCUGUGUGAAAAGUUGUUUGCAGAAGGGUUCAGAGAAACCUGGCGCGUGCCCAAACCUCUUGUACCCGGAGGGCUCAACCCUUUCCCCCUUCGCAGCUGUAUGCAUGAACACGUGCAAAGUCGACACGGAUUGUCCAAAAACCACGAAGUGUUGCAGACAUAAGUGUGGCAUUACUUGUCAGUCAGCACUUAAUUUAAAUAAUGCACCAGGAUUACCAGAACUUCCAUCGGAUAUAGUGAUCAGGGCGCGAAAGAAGCGCUCGUUAUUCGUGGAAUGGAAGGCGAAGAAAGUGUCGGCGAACCGUGUGCUCUACGUAAUAGAGGAGCGUCACCAUCCGGGAAAGUACUUCACCGAAAGCCACAUGGGCGAGUGGAAUCUGUGUUACAGAUCGACGAAGGCCGGUGCUUUAUUGAAGCACAUCGUGAGACCAGGCAGAUGGUAUCAAUUCAGAAUAGCAGCAGUCAACACGAACGGCACAAAGGGAUUCUCCGAUCCGAUCCAAUACAUAGCGCAAGCAGGUCCAAAACCUCCUAAGGCACCACAGAGCGUGAUAGUUGGACCACUGUGGACCAUCAACGGAUCUCUUCACGCAGAACUAAAGUGGACACCACCUUACUCCGAUCUUCCCAUUCAGAAGUACAAGGUCUUUUGGAGCAGACGUUUGCAUGGGGCCACAGCUUUGGAUUCUGUUUUGGUGCUGCAGCAAACUGUUCCGAAGGAUCAAACGCAUUUCAUAAUAAACAACCUGGAGAUGGAUUCAUUGUAUUUCUUGCAAGUACAGGCCCUUGUUCAGUAUGGGAAAGAGAUUUUAAGGGGAGAGAAGUCCGGAUUGAUAUUGAAUACAACUUAUUAUUCCAAUGCGACGGAGAACUUGAUCCAUUUGAAUCCGCAGUCGCCUAGGCGAGUCGAGGACCUUCAAUUGCAGAAGUUGUUUUGGUCGCAGGGCGAUUUAAAGGCACGCAUUGUUUGGAAAGCAAAGAGCUCUCCCGUCAAAUACACCAUUGUUUGGUGGAGUGGUCCGUGUAAAAGCAACAACGACCAUUACGCUCCGCAUCUGAAAUUGGCUGCCACCACAAAAGGCUCCCACUUUGAUAUAUACGAUCUGCAGUUCGAAUGCAGGUAUCGCGUGAGCGUCAGGGAGACCGCAGCUGCUUCCAUGAAGACUAUCUUCGAUACCUCCGUCACCUUCACGACGCCAUCCUGCAAGGAACUUCAGUCCAGACACAAAAGAACCAAAUGCAAUAGAAGAUUGUAAAACAUUGUUUUUUUUAAGGAUUUGUUCAGUACCAUAACCAGAAGUCAUUCCAAGCAAAACACUCAUUGUCAAUUGCUAAUUAAGAGUUACAUAAUAUUUUGUUUACUAGAAAAUAAACCCUGAAAGUCACAUCAACUCACAUUAUAUAUUUGGUAUUCAACAAUUAUACCACAACAAGAAGUCUUUGUAGG